CAUAGAUCCGGAGUCUUCUGUAAGCAUCCCUUUCAAAUUUCAUCUUUGAGCUCCUCAACCUGCUUCCAUGAUCCUUAAACUGGAAUGGUUGAUCAAAGUUCUUAUUUGUUGAUGGUCUUUUUGUCGAGAUUGUGGAUUAUAAGUCGGUAGUUGACGUCGAGCCCUCCAUCCACACUGCCCAUUUCAUUGCACUUUGUUUCAUCAUUUCUUUAGCGGACUCUUCAAGCCACCGACAUUACUUAUACCCGACGUUGAAGCUUUCGUUCCGGAGAGCUUUGGCCAGCUGAAUUUUCACCUUACCGACAUCACCUACAGGAAUGACUGGUGUUGCUCGUUGACCUUCGUCGCAGUUGUCUCACCUCGACGCCGCACACUCGUACCGUUAUUUCAUAUCGCGGAAGGGCAUUUUCGAACAAGGGACUGAUGUCGACUUCAUCUACAAAUUCCUAUCGCAUAUCGCGACGACUGAACAGCCAUACGAGUCAAGAUUUACGCUCUCAUUCACGCAAUAUAUCCGUGGUCAUACGACGACCGAUCAGCCACAAUGACGCUUAUACCUAUGCUCUCCGCGUCGCGUUCCUUUCAUACCUCCUACAACCACGGUUGCGCAGGCCGCAAAGCCUCCCUCCCAAGCCAAACCCAAACAGAUCGUCAACGACAUUUCAUGAUCUUAUGAAGGAUUUUAGUCUUGUUAGAGACUCAAAGAGCACGCGAUUUCCGCACGGUUUCAUUGCAGAGUUGGAAAAGCGCUUGACCGGUGUUCUGAUUGGGCGUGAGCGAAGAAAAGAAUAUCAGGAUGCGCUGGUGAAGCGGACUUUUGCAGUGUUUCUUAAUGCCCUGAAGGAGCAAAGCUUUAAGAAACGGAUGGAGAAAGAUAGGAGGGUGGAAGACCUUGUGCUUAUAUUCUUCUCAAAUGCUACGAAAGAGCUUUCAAAGGGGAAAGCCCCCGAAGAUAUAAGCUGGAAGCUAAUGGUUGAUCGCCAUGUUGCGCUUUUUGUCAGGCUUAUUACUCUCAUACUGAAGGAUCACGAUUGGCUGCGAGAAAAGCCCGAACUAGCUGCUAGAUUGGCCACCCUCGAGACUAAGCUGCUGGCUCAUGACCAAGACUUGGCUCAGGCGUCUCAGCCGGACAGGGUUGGCACGCCUACCGAGCCCGUUCCUUUGAGUUACGAUGUCAAAGAUAUGCACUUGGUUCAAGUAGUGGCAAAGAUAUUUGGCCUCAGAGGAUCACAAGUACAAUCCGAUAUCAACAAGAAUAAGGAUUCUUGGACCGCCAAAGAGGCAUUACAGGAUCUCAAGAAGUAUCAGGCGCACCUCAAUCUACAUACUGGAAAGACCCUCUCGAGGACCGAUUUCGAACAUGAGGAAGCUUAUGAAUCUUGGAAGAAGGCCGAAGCUCCGCAUUUAUCCCAAAUGAUGUUGGCAAUUGUUCAAUCCAACAUAGAACUUGCAAAAAGCACUCCAGUAGCAGGAUUACCACAGUUCAACGAUCCGCACAGCGAAACGACACCCACUUCGGAUGCUUAUUCUUUAAGUCAACCCGUGGACAUAUCUGCUUUAUCUAUAUCCGAUGUUGCGGAAGAGCCGCAGCUUGACACGGGAGACCUCUAUACCUUUAUUCCGCCGGAUCCAAGGUCGUAUUAUCGGUUCAUCUUGACUCAAGCAAUCACCCAUGACUUGAAUGACCGGCUACUGGAGCCAUCUGAAGCCACUUCCGAAAUUCCGUCGAUGAAACUACUUUCAAAACAAUCCACUGAGCUCCUCAAUGAAUUAGCGCUGAGAUGGCGCAUACCUACCUUUUCACGCGCGGCCUUGUUCUUGGAGGUGUUCGGAUCUAAAUUUGUGGACCAGGAGGUUGACCUCGAUACCCUAGAUUCGGCCUUUAUAUUCGUUAAAGAGCCUCCUCCCGAAAAAAACAAGCGGGCCAGCUUCGUCGCACCUGUGUUUUACGAUAGAAACAAAUGGACGCGGGCCGAUAUCUGUACCAUGCAGCGGAUACUAGCAUCACUUCACAAUGCUUUACUUCGGCAACUGUAUGAAACACUCAUGCAUUGUUAUGACAACAAAAUUCCACCUCUUGGCCCAGUUCUCUAUGUACUUGAAAACCAUGUAGAAUCGGAUCCCAAUUUCUUGUCCAGUCCGGAAGAUCAGGAGCAAUUCCAGAAGUAUGCGCACGACGGCUUGGUGGAAAAAGCAAAGGAGGUCUACCAAGAGAAUCUCAACAAGGAAGUUCCGCCUGAGCAGGAGGCGUGGGAAUUCUACCAUGUAGUACAGCUUAGUAAAGCAAUUAUGAAGCUCUGUCAGCGGAUUCAAAAGAGAUAUAAGAAGAAUCCAGAAAUUAGGGGUGUCAACCCUUUGACAGCGCUUGUUAACUGUGUUCUUCCUAUAUUUGCCGAAGACGCUCAUGAUAUGGUCCGGAGGAUCAUCCAGCAAGCUGAAAACAACGAUGUAGAAAUUGAGGUGCAGGAAGGAUUUGAUCUAUAUAAGGAGCUAUCAGAUAUGCGGCGUGUUUACGCAGAAGUUCUUCCCGGAGAUCUAUUCCCUAUGCCCAUCGAAGAGCUGCUGGCUGACUUUGUCUGGCGCUGGGUCCAGCUAACCGAUGAAAAGAUGGUUGGAUGGGUAGAACAAGCCAUUAAACAGGAUAACUUCAUGGUUCGAACGGAAUUGCCGGAGGAUAUACCCACAGAGGAACAGCGACACAGUGUGUCAGUGGUUGAUAUUUUCAGGUCGUUCAACCAGGUAGUCAACCAAAUAGUCGAGCUGAAUUGGGAUGAUGAUGUUGGGUACGCAAAGUUUAUGACUUCUGUGUCGAAGUCCAUCGGAAAUGCGCUUUCGAGAUAUUGCGAGAUCCUCGAACAAUCCUUCAUCAAAGAAAUGGACCGACCCACUCCUGAACAAGAAGCAGCUGCAAGGCAAACAAAGCAAGAAAAAUGGAUGCAAAUGGCGAAGGAAGCGUGGAGCAGUAAGGAGAAAGUGGAGCCAUUCCACUUUUUCCGAGAGUCGUUUGUGAAACUUAAUAACAUCGAAUAUGCAUUGCAGCAACUCGACAAAUUAGAGAAAGGUAUCAACGUUGACGCCUGCGCAGAGGUUCUCUCAAAGAAUGCUCCUCCGCUGUCCAAAAAGCAGCGUAAGGCCACGAACUACGUCUUCACAGUCAAGAUUGUUGAGGCAGAGGAUUUGAAAGGAUGCGAUAUGGACGGUUUGAGUGACCCAUAUGUGGUGCUGACCGAUGAAUACCAGAAACGCAUCUACAAGACUCGCAUAAUCUAUGAUAACCUUAACCCGAGAUGGGAUGACAGUGUUGACAUCAUGACGAGAACACCUCUCAACAUCAUUGCCACACUUUGGGAUUGGGAUGCCGUGGGAGACCACGACUAUGUCGGACGUACCUCUUUGAAAUUGGAUCCAGCUCAUUUUAGCGAUUUCGCACCCAAGGAAUAUUGGCUUGAUCUUGAUACCCAAGGCCGCUUGUUACUCCGGGUUAGCAUGGAAGGAGAGCGGGAUGACAUUCAGUUCUAUUUCGGUAAAACAUUCCGGACGUUGAAACGGACAGAAAGAGAGAUGACUCGCAAAACCACCGAAAAGCUCUCUGCGUAUAUCAACCACUGUCUGUCGCGCCGCGCGUUGAAGGCCCUACUAUCAAGGGGGAUUAGCAUGUCUAGUGUCUCUAGUUACUUUAACAGAAAUCGAGCUCCAACAAGCCAAGCUCCAACACCAGUCGAAAUUGAGGGAGCGCUACAUCCAUUAUUCACAUACUUCGAUGAUAACUUUGCCAUCAUGAAUUUAACCCUCACUGCAGAUGCAAUGAGAAAAGUGAUGGCACGACUGUGGAAGGAAGUGCUAGUUACCGUAGAAGGCCUUCUCGUCCCUCCACUAUCCGAUAAACCUUCAAACCAACGACCUCUCACUCAACAAGAAGUGGACAUCGUCUCACGGUGGCUCACUCUACUUCUCAGUUUCUUCAACGCCGUUGAUGAAGAAACUGGCGAAGCAAACGGUGUGCCGAUGGACAUCCUCAAGUCCCCGAAAUAUCAUGAAAUUCAAACUCUCUUCUUUUUCUACUUCGAACCAACGGAGCAUUUAAUCCGGACUUCCGAACGCAUGGCCAACGCCACCGCAGCUCGCCAGCAAGCCAAUCGGAACAGGCUUUCUGUGACUUCAGCAUCGUUCAGCCCCCUUGCCGGCAUUCCGUCUAGCCGGCGCGGAAAGAGUAUAAUGUAUAAACGGAAUUUAGGGACCAUGAAAAAAGCUAAGGAGGAAAAGUGGCGAGAAGCCCAAGCCGAGCCCAAUGAUGAUAUGAUUCUGAGAAUCCUGCGGAUGAGGCCCGAGGCAGCGGGAUAUCUACGAGACCGAAGUCGGCAAAAGGAAAGACUUGCGACGGCCGCAGCCGCAGAUUUGAUUGUUAAACAGAGCCUGAUGGCAAGCGGUGGGGGACGGAUGAGCGGGAUCCUGCCGAGAGGAUGA